AUGGGCUCGUACGAGUCGUUUGAUCAGUUCGACCUGUUGCCAUCGGUCAAGAAGGCGCUGUUUGACGACGCUCUCAAGGGCAUGAUCGACAUCAAACCGACUCCUGUUCAGAGACUGGCCAUUCCUGCCCUUUUGGGCCAGCAAAGCCGGUUCUUACCUCGGUUCGGAAGGGGCAAGACUGAACAGAGACAGGAAUUCCUCCUCGCGGCCGAGACGGGCUCCGGCAAGACGCUCGCCUACCUGCUGCCCGCCGUAAAUGCCAUCAAGGUCGCUGAAGCAGCGGAUCCCGAUAUUCAGGCUCAUAAGAAGAGGCUGGAGGAAGAGAAGGAAUGGCAGCGAAACUCCAAGUCGAGAUCCAAGAUGGAAGAGCCUCACCCUACCAUGGCACGGCCCAAGGUUGUGGUACUCGUUCCAUCCGCCGAACUCGUCGACCAGGUUGGCGCUGUCGCCAAGACUUUGUCGCACGCUGUCAAAUUCAAGUCUGAGAAGCUUUCCGCCAAGCAGAACGCUGAGGUUGUGGAGCGCAACCUAUACUCCAACCGAGGAAUCGAUCUGAUCAUCGCGACACCACAGCUGUUGGCCUCCAUCGCGGACUCAGACCCUAACAUCCUUUCGCAGGUCAGCCAUCUCAUCAUCGAUGAGGCUGACUCUCUCUUUGACCGUAGCUUCGCCCCCCUUACCACGAGCAUCGUCAACAAGGCACUGCCGUCGGUGAAGAGGCUCGUAUGCUGUUCUGCAACUAUUCCCCGAGGCCUGGACAAGUAUCUUGCUGCUCAAUUCCCCGACAUGGUCCGCAUCACCACGCCGAACCUUCACGCCGUGCCGAGACGUGUUCAAUUGGGUGUUGUCGAUGUUUCCAAAGACCCGUACCGCAACAACAAAGACCUAGCAACUGCUGAUGCUAUUCAAACCAUUGGCCGCGAGGCAUCACGCCACGAGGGCCCUAUCAAGGACGAAUUCGACAUACGCCGUGUCCUUGUCUUCGUCAACGAACGCGAGACUGUGCAACCUGUAGCGGAGUACCUGCAGUCUAAAGGCAUCGACGCCAUCGCCCUGCACAGGGACACGGCCCAGGAGCGCCAGUCCGCCAUGCUCGCGUCCUUUACGAGCGCCGAGCCCAUGCGAGCACCCGCCUCUGACAAGGCCCCCACAGGCGGCCGCAAGCUGCCGAAUGUGAAGGUUAUUGUGGCCACGGAUCUGGCGUCGCGAGGUAUUGACACGUUGGCUGUCCGUCACGUCAUCCUGUACGACGUACCUCACACCACCAUCGACUUUAUCCACCGACUUGGAAGGGCCGGCCGGAUGGGUCGUCGUGGAAGGGGUAUAGUUCUGGCUGGGAGCAAAGACCGGAAGGACGUUAUCGCAGAGGUUAAGCGUGCAAUGUUUAUGGGCCAGGCGCUCAUCUAA